AUGGGGGUCAGGGAGGUGGAGAAAGGGGAGGGGGAGCCUGACAUAGCUCUGACCUCUGACCUCUACCCCAGCUCCCUCACUAGCUGCAAGAUCUCUGCUGUCAUCUACCUCUUUGCGCCUCACGACUUCCUGCACAGGCUCAGAAAAGGCACGUUCUCUUCCUUCUCCCGAGUUCUCAAGUUCUCCCCUCAUCUUGCGCAUCCCCUCCCCAUCUCUCCAGGACUCAGCCUUUUGCUGCUCUCCUUGCUCCUGGCUCUAGCCGGUGUCUGGGGAUUCCCGAGGCCCCCAGGGAGGUCCCCCCUGAGCCUGCAGGAGUUGCAGAGGGAGUUCAAGGUCAGCCUACAUCUCGCCAGGAAGCUGCUCUCCGAGGUUCGAGUCCAAGCCCAUCAUUUUGCUGAAUCUCACCUGCCAGGAGUGAACCUGGACCUUCUGCCCCUGGGAGAGCAGCUCCCCAACGUUUCCCUGACCUUCCAGGCCUGGCGUGGCCUCUCUGACUCAGAACGACUCUACUUUCUUUACAUGACAUUUCGCCCCUUCCACGCCAUGCUAGGAGUACUGGGGAGCCAGGGGGUCUGGACCAGCUCAGAGAGGAUGCACCUGUGGGCCAUAAGGCUGGAUCUCCGGGAUUUGCAGCAGCAUCUCCGCUUCCAGGUGCUGGCUUCAGGAGUCGACCUCCCGGAGGAGGAGGCGACAGAGGAGGAGAAGGGGCUGCUCCCAGGGGCUGUGGGUGGCCCCUCACAGGUGUCAGCUCAGGUAUCCUGGCCCCAGCUCCUCUACACCUACCAGUUGCUACACUCCUUGGAACUUGUCUUGUCUCGGGCCGUGCGGGACUUGCUGCUGCUUUCCAAGGCUGGGAACCCAGCCCAGGCCUUGGGGUUUCCAACACCUAGCUCCCAUCCCUGAUGGAGUGACAUCUCAGUCCCUUCCCUGCACACAUCAGGACUUGAGGACCAGUCUGGGGCCACGGGACAGCCUCCAGCUUAUUUGUCUGAGACAAGGCAGGACUCCACUGAUCUCCCACCCCAGACCCUACCCAAUAACUUAAGGCCCCUCGAGUUCUCACCAGAUAUUUAUUUCUUGGAUAUUUAUUUAUUGUUUAGGGAAAUGAUGGUUUAUUUAUUGUUUCCAGGACUUGCUAGUCAUCCUCAGACUAGGCCACCAUGCUGGGUGCCUAAUAAAGCACUCCCAUCCUC